GGAAUAACUUGAAAGAAAGAAAUGAAGCUGUCCAGUGAGCCGCUGCCUCGAGAAAAUAGCAGUGAGACCAUUCUCCAAAUCAUUUCGAAACUCCCCAGUUCUGAGUCGAUAGGAUUAAAAUGGCUAACUAACCCAGAUAUUUACAGUCAUGCUUUUCUGCUUGCAAAGGCUGAAGAACAGCUGGAAAAGCGGAUUAACAAUGGAGAUCCUCUGGCAUGUUUUCUCAAAGGACAACUGUAUUUUGAAGAGGGAUGGUAUGACGACGCGUUAUUGCAGUUUGAACAAAACACAGAUUUUCAGUCCAUGUAUCAGCUAGGUGUAAUAUAUUACGAUGGAUUGGGGACCCCAGCAGAUCCUAAAAAAGGAGUUGGAUAUAUGGAGAAGAUUAUCAAUUCUACCUCCCCAAAAGUAAGACAUUUAAAGUUUGCUGCUGCAUACAACCUUGGCAGAGCUUACUAUGAAGGAUGUGGGACAGAGAUUUCCGAAAAAGAGGCUGAAAGAUUAUGGCUUUUUGCUGCAGACCAUGGGAAUCCCAAAGCAAGCAUAAAAGCUCAAAAUGCACUUGGGAUGUUGUAUUCAGCUCGGCAUCCAAAGGAUCUGAAAAAGGCAUUCUUUUGGCAUUCAGAAGCUUGUGGGAAUGGAAGCCUGGAAUCUCAGGGUAUCCUUGGGCUUAUGUAUCUUUAUGGACAUGGUGUACCUCAGAAUUUAAAGGCUGCUUUGGAGUGUCUGAAUCAGGCAUCAGAUCGUGGAAAUGUCUAUGCUAAAGGUCAUUUGGUGGAGUAUUACUACAGAAGAAAAUUUUUUACCAAAGCUGCUGAGUUUGCCAAAAGAAUCGCAGAGAAUGAUGAUGUUGAAAAGAUAGCAAAGACAACAGACUGCAUUCCUUUUUACAUAGCUAGAGGACUUGCAAUGGCUUCCUUCUACUUGGCUAGAUGUCUCCAGCUUGGCCUAGGAACACAACAAGAUUUAGCAGCAGCUAAAAAAUAUUAUUCCAAGGCAUGCAGACUGGACCCUGCUAUAGCUGCUGAUCUUGAGCUGACAGCUAAUCAUGGGAGAAUUUAGAGUAUCACUUUUGAUGACUUUCAGCAGUGUCACUUUCUAAUGACUAUUUCCACACAACUUUUGAUAAAUCAUGGAUUAUU